AUUCCGUCUUAACCCACACAGUUACUUUCGAAUGUAGUUAUGUCACUAAAUAAUUUUUGUUCGAAUGAGUCGGUCGUGGGUCUUACCGUGGCAGUGUUUAAGGGGAGAAAAUGAAACAUUGUCCCGCAGCCCGCACAGUCAUCCCGCACUGCAUCCCACCAGUUUCCGAGACCAACAUCCAAAACCCCACGUUUUACCGACUUUCCCUCGCAAAACGUAGUUACGUCUGCCAUCAGCAUGGGAGUUGACUGAAUAAUUUUACCGGUAAAACAUUCAGAAUUCUUCGAAAAUGGAUAUGAAAGAGCAGCCCUAUGUUUUGGUCAAACAGGGUUCUGAGGCAAAAAUUUACAGUGGUUCUUUUCAUGGAAAACCUUGCAUCGUCAAAGAACGGUUUCCGAAGCGUUACAGACAUCCUCAUCUUGACCGAGAAAUUUCAACCCAAAGAGUUAAAAAUGAAGUUCGUUCACUUGUCCGUUGCCGCUUGGCAGGUGUUCAUGCUCCAACUGUGUACUGUGUCAAUAUGGAACUAAACCAUAUAAUGAUGGAACACAUUGUUGAUGGUGUGACUGUCAAAGAUUAUAUCAAAGAUCCUACAUCAAAAAGCAAUCUUGAUCAAUUGGCCUCAACUAUUGGAACAACGAUUGGUCUUUUGCAUUCACAAAACAUCAUCCAUGGGGAUUUAACUACUUCUAAUAUGUUGAUUAGAAGUGGUGAUAUUUCUAAGCUUACGAUGAUUGAUUUUGGCCUCAGCUUUAUUGACCAUUCAGCUGAAGAUAAAGGUGUUGACUUGUAUGUUCUUGAGAGAGCCAUGUUAAGCACUCAUCCCAAUUCUGAACCUUUAUUUGAAAUCAUCCUCAAGUCAUACCUGAUGUCAAAUAAGAAAGAUGGUAAAGAAACCCUUAAGAAACUUGAUGAAAUUCGCCUCCGUGGUCGAAAGCGUUCUAUGGCCGGUUAAGUUCUUUAAAUAAAUAGUUCCUUUCAUACCCGGAAUAA